AUGUCGAUCAAAGAGAAUGUGAGACCCGACGGGGUCGCUUACUAUGACAUUGUCAUCGUCGGUGCCGGUCCAGUCGGACUGAUGCUCUCUACAAUGCUUGCAAGAUGGGGUUACAAGAUCAAACAUGUGGACAAUCGCCCUGAGCCAACGCCUACGGGCCGCGCCGAUGGCAUCCAGCCUCGGUCUCUGGAUCUCUUGAGGAAUAUGGGACUGAAGGCAGCCAUCAUGGAUCACAAGCCUGCUCGGGUGUACGAGGUCGCAUUCUGGGACCCCAACUGCAAAGGCAUUGUGAGAACUGGUACAUGGGCUAGCUGUCCGACUUUCAUCGAUGCGCGGUACCCCUUCACAACGCUGCUGCAUCAAGGGCUGAUUGAAAGGGUCUUCAUUGCCGAUUUGGAGAAGAAUGGAGUCCACGUCCACCGGCCGUGGACAGUACGUGACUUCCAGACUGACCCAGCCCAGGACGUCACAUACCCUGUUCAGGUCGAGCUGUCGCAGGUAGACGGACCUCGAACUGAAAAGAUCCGAGCCAAAUACUUGUUUGGCGGUGAGGGUGCACGAUCGUUUGUGAGGGAGAAGCUGGGCAUUCCUGUCCGAUACCACGACCCUAUAUCUCAUGUCUGGGCCGUGCUAGACGGUGUGGUCGACACAGACUUCCCAGACAUCAAGAUGAAAGCCACUAUCCAUAGCGAACAUGGGUCUAUCAUGGUCAUCCCGAGAGAAAACGAAAUGGUUCGCCUGUACAUCCAACUCGCUUCCUCGUCAGACCCAGACUGGGAGUCGAAACGCAAAUCGACUGAGAGUGAAGUCCAAGAGAUGGCCAAAAAGAUCCUGCAACCUUACCGAAUCACUUGGGAGAGAGUUGAAUGGUUCUCGGUCUAUCCCAUCGGGCAGGGCAUCGCCGACAACUACACACUAGAUCAGCGUGUCUUUCUCGGAGGCGAUGCAUGCCACACUCAUAGCCCUAAAGCUGGCCAGGGGAUGAACACGGCUUUCCUCGAUGCCCAAAACCUCGCUUGGAAAAUCCAUGCGGUCGAGAGCGGCUUCGCGAAGCGGGACUUGUUGAAGACGUAUGAGCCCGAGCGCAGGAAAAUGGCCCAGAAGCUGCUCGAGUUCGACAACCGGUACGCUAAGCUCUUCUCGCAACGGAUACCUGCGGCAGACGAGGUCAAGGCAGCGUCCGACAAUCACGGCACUGAAGCUGAGGAGCACGACAAUGACUUUGUCAAGAUGUUCAAGGAGUCUUGCGAGUUCACAAGUGGCUACGGCGUGUACUACGAGCCAAACGUCCUGAAUUGGUCGCCAGACCACCCAGCACAAUCAAGUCUUAUGCUCAAAAAGGCGACGAAGCUCAGUCCCGGGCAUCUCUUCAUCAACACCGACGUCACGAGGGUUGUAGAUGCAAACAUUGUUCAUUUGGAGCAGGAGGUCCCCCUGAACGGAUCAUUCCGCUUGUUCGUCUUUGGUGGUGACCCCAAGAAGUCACGGGCAGCAUUGUGCGACCUUGCGAACGGACUUGUGGCGAAGAAGUCCUUCUACACGAACCACCUACGCCAAGACGUGUCGUCAGUCUCACACCACGAGAAGAACAAUCCUCAUAGCUUGUUCUUCACCAUCUGCACCGUGUUUGCGACCAAGCGAUCGGACAUUGAGAUAUCUCGAGAUGUUCCGGGGGUCCUUGCCAGGUAUCGCGAACACGUCUACGCAGACGACCUGCACGACGAAAAAGUGCCAGCCGCCAAAGCACCAGCGCAUGCGAAGACGGGCUUUGGCGACUCGCAGGGCGUCGUCGUUGUCCGCCCUGAUGGAUACGUGGGAGCCAUCGUUGAGCUGCAAGAGGGCAAAGGGACAAUGGAGGCCCUCAACGAGUACUUUAGUGCAUUCUGUACCAAGGGAGAGAGUGCUACGAAGACGCAGGCAAGGCUCUGA